AUGGCUGUGUUGGUCUCGCAGUUCAACGCCAAGACGGCGCUGGCCGUAGGAGUUUUGAUGAUCCUCGUGUCCGUCGUCAAGCAAUAUCGUUCCCGGCGCCGCAUGCCCCCCGGUCCGCGGCCGCUGCCCCUUAUUGGAAAUAUUCAUCAGAUCCCGAAAAGCUAUCCAUGGCUGGGCUAUACUGACAUGUUCAAGCGCUAUGGGCCUCUUGUCACCAUGCAAUUCGGACCACAGCAAGCAAUCAUGAUCGGGUCAAUAGAGGCAGCGCGUGAUCUGCUGGACAAGCGCAACACAAUCUACAGCUCCCGUCCUCGCGCACCCAUGAUACAGGAGUGCAUCUCGAAGAAUUUACGCAUCCUGUUCCUGCCUUACGGUGACCGAUGGCGAGCAUAUCACAAGCUGCACGCCUCGGUACUCAAUGUGCGUGUUUCGGAAGCCUACCGGCCGCUCCACGAUUUGGAGAGUAGGCAGUUACUGCUGGAACUGUCCGAAGCGGAUGCUGGCGAGCUUUUUCCUUCCCAUUUUUUCCGGUACUCGGCGAGUCUUAUCUACAGUCUGGCCUAUGGAAUCAGGCUGCCCAAGGGGGUUGAGCCGGAGCUCAAAGUCGCAUAUCAAGUCAUGGAGGAGCUCAACCAAGUCUUUCUGCGCACUUGGUUGGUCGACAUCCUGCCUUGGAUCAAUGUGCUCCCAAAAGCACUGGCGCCGUGGAAGCGGGUUGCUGAUAGGAUGCACGAAUUCGAGUCGUCGUUUCUGCGGAGUCUCGUGGUAUCGGCGGAGCAAAAGCCUGGCUGGAAUUGGUGCAAAAAUAUGCUCGCAAUGAAAGAGAGCAAGAACAUGCCACGUACAGAGCUCGGCUACAUCUUGGGAGUCCUGUACGAGGCCGGCAGUGACACAACGGCGAUAGCACUUUCAGUCUUUGUAAUGGCCAUGAUUUUGUACCCAAGCGUCGCAAGCAAGGCGCAGGAGGAGCUUGAUCGCGUGGUUGGCCCCGACCGGAUGCCAACGUUUGGCGACUUGGAUGACCUACCGUAUAUCCACGCCAUCGUCAAAGAAACUCUGCGCUGGCGUCCAGUCAUUCCUGGCGGGAUUCCUCACGCCGUGACCGAGGAUGAUGAGUACAAGGGUUAUCACAUCCCCAAGGGAUCCAUGAUUAUCCCAAAUCUCUGGGCCAUGGCCAUGGAUGAGCAAGUAUUUAAGCAGGCGGAGCAUUUUGUCCCGGAACGGUGGAUUGAGAACCCCAGUCUACCAUUGUUUCCCUUCGGCUUCGGGCGAAGAGUGUGUCCUGGACAGCACGUGGGCAAAAAUUCGUUGCUUAUCAACACGGCACGAAUGUUGUGGGCAUACAACUUUGAGCAUGCAUACGAAGUGAAAGAUGGGCUCCAGGUACAAUGUCCUGUCGACGCAAUGGCGUUCACGAGCUCCUUCAACUCCCAGCCCCUACCGUUCAAGGCCUCCAUCAUUGCGCGUGGCGCAAAAGUCCACGAGGUCAUGCAGCGUGAAUGGAAAUUGACUGAGAAGGACCACCUAGUCCACUUAGAACAUCUCCAGGCAAAGAUGGAGAGCAUGGCGCGGCAAAGCGCCCAAGAUGUUGCGGGUCAGUCAUGA